AUGGCCACCUCCAUUGUCUGGGUGACCACCGGGCAGGGCCUGGCAGCCAGCUCCUGCAGCGCUAUCUCCAUCACCCUGGUGGGAGCUCACGGGGAGAGCCCCAAGCACCGGCUGGAUCAUCAAGGAAAGGACUUUGCUCCCGGAGCUGUGGACGAAUACCAGGUGCCCAGCACACAAAGCCUGGGGCCGAUUGUGCUGAUCCAACUGCACAAGCAGCCCUAUUCCUUCUUCCCCACGGACAGCUGGCUCUGCAACUGUGUCCAGGUGAUGUCGCCCGAGGGGGACACCUACCGUUUCCCCUGCUACCAAUGGAUCGAGGGGUACUGCACCAUGGAGCUGCGAGAAGGGGCAACCAAAACCACGGCUGAGGACGCCCAGCACCUACAAGAGAAGCUGAAGGUGUGGCAGGAGGCCUAUCACUGGAAGGAAUAUGCCCCCGGCUGUCUGAGGUGCCUGGACUUGGCAAGCGUGGACGAGCUGGACUCCAAUGACAAGUACAGCCUGAUCAAGACCACCAUCUUCAUGCUGCGCACCAUUAAAAUGGAGCUGGAGCUGAAGCUGAAGGGUUUCUCCUUAUGCACGGGCUCCUGGGAGAAGCUGGAAGACAUCCGGAAGAUAUUCUGGUGUAACAAGAACUCCACUUCUGAGUACGUCUCCGAGCGCUGGCAGGAAGAUUCGUUCUUCGGGUACCAGUUCCUGAAUGGGGUCAACCCGGUGGUGAUGAGGAAAUGCACAUCACUCCCGGAGAACUUCCCCAUGACGGAGGAGAUGGUGGCCAGCUCCCUGGGGGAGGGCACCACCCUGCAGAACGAGCUGAAGAAAGGGAACAUCUUCCUGACAGAUUACAAGAUCCAGGAGGGGAUCCCCACCCCGCUGAAUGGGGAACAGGAGUACCUGGCCGCACCGCUCUGCCUGCUGCACCUGACACCUGGCGGGCAGGUCAUGCCCUUGGCCAUCCAGCUCAGCCAGCGCCCAGACCCUGGCAGCCCCAUCUUCCUGCCCAGCGACCCCGUGUGGGACUGGACCCUGGCCAAGAUCUGGUUGCGCCUGGCCAAAUUCCAUGCCCGUGAGCCCCACGUCCCUCUGCUCCUGAUCCCCCACACCCGCUACACACCGCACAUGAACACCCUGGCUAGGACCAACCUCAUCCAGCCGGGAGGGGGCUUCAACAAGGCCUCCUCGACGGGUCAAGAUGGGAUGCUGAAGCUGCUAGCCAAGGGCAUGGAGAAUGUGAGCUACGAGGUGCUCUGUCUGCCAGACAACCUGGAAGCUUGUGGUGUCAUCUCACUCCCCAAUUACUACUACUGGGAUGAUGGCAUGAGGCUCUGGACAGUGGUGGAGAACUUUGUCUCUGGCAUCAUUGAGCUGUACUACCAGAGCGACGCCACUGUCGAGAAGGACUCGGAGCUGCAGGCCUGGGUGGCAGAGAUCUUCACCGAUGGGUUUUAUGGGCAGGAAGUUGUCCGGUACCAUCCUCCAUUCCCUUGCUCACCCUUUCCAGCGUAG